AGAAGAAGUACUUUAAGGAACUUACUGAGCUAUUGAAUUAUCAAGUGCGGGAGAUGAAAUCAAUGAGCAGUGCAAUACAGAAGUUGGAAGGACCGAAUAAUGAAUCCGGAAGACCAGCAUUCUCAGAACAAGAUUCUCGAAAAAAUUUGCAAUCUAAUUCACAGCAAUUCUAUGCAAAUGGCAAAGUGGACACUGGUGCACACUCAGUAAGAGCUUUAUCAUCACCUGCAUCUGUGGAAACUUCUGGCCCUCCACAUCCAAAAUCCUACAUGGAGAUAAUGGAAAUGGUUAAGAGAGGGGAGAAACCUCCGAACAUUAGAGACAUAAAUGACCAACCACCGAAUCCAUAUCAACCCGUGCCAGAACCUGCACUGGCACUGAAGCCUAAGCCUUGGGAAGCUGGUCAAAGUCAAAGUCAAAGUCAGAGUCAGAUCAGUUUGAUUCAGGGGGGGAAUGCCAAUUUCUCGAAUUCUGGUUUCCAAGACAAUUAUCAGUUGAAUAAUGGAGGAGGCAGUUCAACAACUCCUUGGUGGCAACACAAAAGCAUUAAAAUCACCGAAAUUGAACCCGAAUAUGAACAGAAGAAGUACGAUUCCUCAGGUUUGCCGACCAACAAUGAAAGAACCGCCCCUCGCUCAUGGGUCCCUCCCCAACCACCUCCCGUUUCCAUGGCCGAAGCAGCAGCUGCCAUCCGGCAACCUAAAAAAUCUUCACUACAUAAAGAUCUGAUCAGCAAUGAUGAUCAGUUACAGGGGGGUGUCUCUGAAGUUUCUGAUGAGUUGCAGAUGGCUACGAAGAUAGCUGAAUCAGGCGGCGGCAACGUUGGAGAAGGCAAUGGGGGUUUCACUUCAGGUGACAGUGUGAAUCAGACAACAUUAGUGAAUGAUGAUACAGUGUGUGACAACCUUGGAAUGAAUUUCUAGAAUCAUUUAGUUAUUUAUUUGGCUUUAUUUCUUUUCCUAUGGACCUGGCGCCUUCAUUUAAUUCUGUUUGUCUUCUAAGAGUAUAUACUUCUUAGUCUGCAUGAUAUGUUAUAUAUAUAAUGUAAAAGUUCAGUACCGUUGAAGUUUAUUUUUGCCACCCUGAACUCGUGUUUACUUAAGAUGUUUUCUGUUCUCAUUAAAAAGACAAAUCCCAAUUUAUCAGGCCUGUGUUACUUUGUUUUAUUUUAAU